AUGAAACCGUGGUCUCUGUUGCAUUGUUGGUGGUCAACUCUUUUUCUCCUUCCGCUCGCUUUAGGAGCAGCAAAUAACGGUCUUGUUUCAAGAGACAUACCCUCCCAAGCCUACUCUACUGCUAUGCUCGUAAAAGAUUCCUCCUUGGACGAUCCUUCCGUCGAGUCAUUCUUUAUUCCCGGCGCCAAAGUAUUCGAUCGCUACUUUGAUUGCCCUUUAGAUUACAGUGAUGUCUCUGGAUCGCACAACAUUACUGUGUUUGCUCGUCACCUCGUCCCUCCGGGCAAAGAAAGCGAGAUCAAAACCUUGCCAUUCUUAAUUUAUCUGCAGGGCGGUCCCGGUUUCGAAGUUGCUUUGCCAUCAAGCUCGUCUGGUUGGAUUAAGGCUGCUUUUGACAACGGAUAUCAAGUGCUUCUUUUGGAUCAACGCGGCACAGGUUUAUCCACCGCGAUCUCUGCAGAAUCGCUGGAAUUCUUAAAGACGGAUGAGGCUAAGGCUGCAUACCUAACGCAUUUUCGCGCCGACAGCAUCGUCCGCGAUUGUGAAACGAUCCGCAAAAAACUUACUGCUGGCCGCCCAUCCGAUAGCGAAAGCAGAGUUGCGCUCUUGGGCCAAAGCUUUGGUGGUUUCUGCAUCACCACCUAUCUUAGUCUUUUCCCUGAAUCUGUCGAGCAAGCAUUUAUCACCGGUGGCGUACCACCACUUGUUGACUCUCCCGAACCUGUAUAUCGUGCAUUGUAUCCUCGCGUUCUCAAGCGCAACAAACUGUACUAUUCCAAAUUCCCAAACGAUGUCGAACGCGUUCGUGCGAUUCAUGCCUAUCUUAGUAACAACAAAGUCACUCUCCCCAACGGUGGCACCCUUUCGCCUCGCCGUUUCCUCCAAUUGGGUAUCCAGUUUGGCUUUUCUGGUGGAUACGACACCGUGCAUCAACUCGUCAAUUAUGCUGCUAAUGACCUUGCACAGCAGGGCAAAAUCAGCUUCAAAACGUUGUCAAAUAUUCAGGCGCUGUAUGAUUGGGAUACAAAUGUCAUUUAUGCUAUUCUACAUGAAGCUAUCUAUUGUCAAGGCAAGCAGAGCAACUGGGCGGCUGAACGCGUGCUCAAUGAGGAACCUUUUGCAACAGAAUUCGAGUGGCGUUUGGAUCAUCUAAAGCCGGAUCAGGCUGUGUAUUUCACGGGUGAAAUGAUUUAUCCAUUCAUGCUAGAUGAUUAUGUCGAGCUUCAGCCGCUGAAGAAUGUUGCCAAUUUGUUGGCCGAAUACAAGGGAUGGGGUCAGCUUUAUGAUGAAAAGGUACUAGCUAAGAACGAGGUACCAGUGGCCGGUGUCAGCUAUUUCGACGAUAUAUAUGUUGACCGCGAGUUUUCGGAGGAGACUGCAUCUAAAAUCAAGGGAUUCCAGCAAUAUAUUACCAACGAGUUCGGCCACAAGUAA